AUGAGAAACCUCACAUUCUCACUUGCCAACGCAAAAACCACCAAAAUCAUGUACGCCUACCCCGGCAUGCCCGGCGCGCCCAUCAAAAAAUACCCCCUCCAAAUGGACGCUCUCCCCGUCCCCCGCGGCUGGGUCCCUGACGCCUGGUUCAAAGCAUAUAACGCGGCCGACAGCCAAAUCUACCACCUCGUCGGGCGUGACUGCCGGAUCUCGAAGCGGAAGCGGGAGAGUGGGGAGACGAGGGAGAGGGCGCUGAUGUUGUGGGAGAGGUAUCCGAUUAAUAAGGUUAUGUGGGCGGAGAGGGGGAGGGAGGAUAGGGGGGCCGAGGUGGCGGAGGUGGCGGUGGUGGAGGAGGAGGAGGAGGAAGAGAGCGGGGAUGAGAGUGAGGAGGAAGAGGAGGACAAUGAUGGUGACGAUGAAGAGGAGGAGAGUGGGGAUGAGGAAGAAGUGGAGGAGAGGGGGGCCGAGAUAGUUUGGGAGCAGCAGGAGGUUGAAGAGUCGGAGGAAGGAGAGGAUACAGAGAUGGUGGAUGCGAUGGAUGUUGAUGGAGACUCAAGCGAGGAGGCUUAUGAUAUGAGCUAUUUGUUUGAAGAGUUUUGAGGUUACACGCACCACCUCGGAUCAGCCUACAUCAAUCAAAGGUGGGAUAGAGGCAGAGCAGAAGUAGCAUUGUCAGGGUAGUCUAGCCCCGUAUGAGAAGGACAACAAAUUUGAG